GCGCGUAGCAGUCGUUUCUUUCCUGCCGAGCGGUCCGGUCGCGUGUUACACUGUUUUCCAACUGUUUUUUUUUAGUUUUUUUUUUGUGCUUUGCGCCAUCGUUACGUGAUAAGGAAUUAUACAAAAAAAAAAUCGGACGAUAAAAAAUUCGCAAUUUUCCACUAAACCUUGCGUGCGAGCGACUUUUCUGACUGUGCUGUGAACUUUGCCCUUGUUGGAGCCCUAAGCUAUAACAAUUAAAAGUGUAACGGGUCCGCAUGGCCCGCGCUAUCGCCAGAGCGUCGUCCGCAGUCAGCUACAGCAGUACCACCAACAGCAGCAGCACCACCAUCGACCGUCAUGGUGAAAACGUUCCAGGCGUACCUGCCCCCGCAGUGUCAUCGCACUUAUUCCUGCAUACAUUGCAGGGCCCAUUUAGCCAAUCACGAUGAACUUAUUUCAAAGUCAUUCCAAGGAUCCCAGGGUCGAGCGUACCUAUUCAAUUCCGUGGUGAACGUCGCUUGCGGACCAGCCGAGGAACGAGUACUGCUGACGGGUUUACAUGCCGUAGCCGAUAUUUUUUGUGAAUGCUGUAAAACGACUUUAGGAUGGAAAUAUGAACACGCCUUCGAAUCUAGCCAAAAAUACAAGGAGGGCAAAUUCAUCAUCGAACUGGCCCACAUGAUCAAAGAAAACGGUUGGGACUGACGGUACGAAUAGUGUUGGUCCUGUUCGGCACCACCACAACCCGACCAUCGAACCCGCCGGUUCGGAACCAACGGAUACAGUUUAAGACCGUCAAGAUGUUCUUCGCGUGUCCAACCGCCGGUUGGUACCACCCGAAAUUACACGUAGUGCAAUGCUGCUAUAGACUCCUCCUCCUCCUCUUGGUCCUCUUGGUCCUCAAUUCAAAUUAUUGCUUUUUGGAUUGGACCUAGUAGUAGGGUUCUUGUGGUUAAUAAUCUUUCGAUAUCAUAUUAGUUAAAAGACGUGUUUUCUUAAGAAAAAACCCGAACAUGUAAGUGAGAAUUAAAAGACUUUUUUAUCAAAAAAAAUAAAAACAAACUCUUAUCGUAAAAGUGAUUGACGUCAUAUAGAAAAGAAGUUUCUUAUGCAGGGUGUCUCGGAUGUCAUAUAAGAGUGAUUUUUUUACAGCGGUGUAAGAAGCAGGAUUUUUGGUCUUUUUUUUUGAUUCUACCUGAAAUUUUAAGAAGUUUGAUGGUCACAUGAUCCAGUUUGGCCCAAUAAUUUCCAAGAUAUACGCAAUUGAAAUUUAUAUUUGGGAUAAAGGGAAACCGCUUUCACUUGUCUUGGUUUUCGAGUCAUUGACAACUAUGAAUUGAAUUAGGGUCUUGUCCGGGUGCCGAAUUCAAUGGCGGAAUGCUUAACAGACAUAAAAACCUAGAACAACAAGGAAUCAAUGAAAAUUAGUGAUCUUUAGGUAUUAAAAGCUUAUGGAAAUAGGUUUUAAUACUGUCUGGAAUAGUCUGGAAAGAAUAUUUAAACCGUUAAGAUAUACAAAAUUAAUCUAGUAGCAUUUGACCUGAAUAUCCAAAGAAAUUGGUAUUUCCCUGAAAAUUUUUUCUAUGAACAGAUAUUAUUUAGGGUAGUUUUUUCCAGGCAUUUUCAGUCAUGUUCUUAUGCCUUAGGUAUUUGAAAUAACGUUUAAAAGCCUGCAAUAAUUUAGAGUCGUCGUUUAUUAAUUUUUUUCUCGGGCAUUUCAGGUAAUUUUUUCGUGUUAUUUCAGGGAUUUGAAAUCAUUUCAGAAUUGCCUGGAAUAAUACAAAACCUGAAAACAUAUUUAAAAUAUCAAGUCCAGAAAUAAUUUACCAGCAAAAAUUCGGCAAUAUCCAAUUUUGGAAAUUGGUAUUUCUCCGGAAAAAAAAUUCAUUUUAUUUUAGAUAUUUAAAAUAUAUUUUUUUAAAAAUGUAUUCCUGAAAUUUGAAAUAAAUUUUUAUUUCGUCAAAGGUUUUGAACGCAUUUUUUGUUUUAUUCCAAACAUUCAGAAUAUUUUUAUUGUCUUUUAGGCAUUUGAAAUAAUAUUUAAAAUGCCUGGAAUAAAACUGGAGACCUGAUUUUUAUUCAUAAUAGAUUCUUUUAAAAUUUUGCAUUUUAUUUUUGGAAUUUCGCGUCAUUUUUUGUGUUAUUUCAGAAAUUUUUAAUAGAUUUUAAGAUGGCCUGAUAUUUGAAAUAAUGUUUUAUCUAUUCCAGGAAUUUCGGGCUACUUUUUAUGAACUGCACAUUUUAAAUAUUUUCCAGGCAUUAAAAAUAGAUUUUUAUAUCUUGAAUUUUUUGUUUGAUCUAGGAGUUUAGGAUCACCUUCUAGUACUUUAGUCGAAACACGAUUUUAAAAGCCUACAAUCGUUGUUUUUUUCAUUUUAUUGGAAUUUUUUAUGUUUUACACAUUUGAAAUAAUGUGAAAAUAAGUAUAUAUAUAUAAUAGUCCAGGCAUUUGAAAUAAUUGUUUCCUUUUAUUUCAGGCAUUUCGAAUAUUUUUCUAUGUUUCAGGCAUUUGAAAUUAUAUUUAAAUAAAUGCCUGGAAUAAGAGAAUUUUUUUUUUAUUUCUUUGCAGUAAUUUGAAAUCAUUUUUCUGCGUUGCAAGUAUUUGAAAUAACGUUUAAAAGUCUGAAAUAAUUUGGAGUCGUUACUUAACAGGCAUUUAAAGUUAUUUUUAUUUUCUAUUACAGGCUCUUCAUCGUUUUAAUUUUGUUCCUGGCAUUUCAGGUAAUUUUUUCGUGUUAUUUUAGGUAUCUGAAAUCAUUUUAGAAUUGCCUGGAAUAAUAUAAAACCUGAAAACAUAUUUAAAAUAUCAAGUCCAGAAAUAAUUUACCAGCAAAAAUUCGGAAAUAUCCAAUUUUGGAAAUUGGUAUUUCUCCCGAAAAAAAAUCUCAUUUUAUUUCGGAUAUUUGAAAUAUUUUUUUAAUAAUAUAUUCCAGGCAUUUCAAAUAAAUUUUUAUUUCGUCAAGGGUUUUGAACGAAUUUUUUGUUUUAUUCCAGGCAUUUUUUUAUUGUUUUUUUAGGCAUUUGAAAUAAUAUUUAAAGUGCCUGGUUUCAAACUAGAAAUGAGAUUUUUAUUCAUAAUAAAAUCGUGCAAUAAUUUGUAGUCGUUUUUUCUAGGCAUUUAAAAUAAUUUUUUAUGUCUUAUUUUUUAUAUUUUAAGCACGUUUAAAAAAUAUUUAAAAUGUCAAGGAAUACAAACAUUUAUUGUCUACCAGCAUUUGGAAAUUUCCAGACAAAUUGGUGUAUCUCGGAAAACAUCUCAUUCGAUCUCAGACAUUUGAAAUAAUGUUUUAUCUAUUCCAGGAAUUUCGGUCUUUUUAUUUACUUUACAUUUUAAAUAUUUUCCAGGCAUUUGAAAUAAUGUGAAAAUAAAUGCCUAGAAUAAAAUACAUGAAUAUGAGAGCCUACAAGUAUUUAAAGUCAUUAUUUCCCUGGAAUUUGAAAUAAUAUUUUACAUUUGAAUCCAGGCAUUUGGAGUCAUUUUGAUGUAUAUAACUAGAAACAUGAUUUUAAAAGCCUGGAAUCUAUUUAAGCCGCUUGUUAAUUUAAUUCCAGACAUUUCAAGUAAUUUUUCAUUUUAUUCCGGGCCUUUUGUCGUUUUUAUUUCAUUUAUUUGACGUGUUUUAUAUCUGCCAAGCGUUUGAGGUAAGAUUUCGUGCUAUUUCAGGGAUAUUUAAAAUAAUUUUAGAAUUGCCUUUUAGAAAUAAUAUAAAACUUAAUAGAAAUAAAAAGAUUAACUAUCUACCAGCAUUGGGAAAUCUCUAUGGAUAAAAAUAAAUUCAAUUUCAAAAACCUAGAAUCUGGAAUUCGAAGUCGUUUUCACAUUUUAUUCCAGGCAUUUGAAAUAAUUUUUUCCUUUCAUUCCAGGCAUUUGGAAUAAUUUUUCUGUGUUUCAGGCAUUUGAAAUAAUAUUAAAUUAAAUGCCUGGAAUAAGAGAAAAAGUGUUUAUAAGAGCUUCAAAUUAUUUACGGUCGCUUUUGCAGGCAUUUUUGAGCCUUAAGCAUUUGAAAUAUGUAUUGUUUAAAAUGCCUAGAAUAAAACUGGACACAUGAUUUUAAGAGCUUUAUUUAUAGUCGUUUAAAAAAAAAUAUUCCAAGCAUUUGAAAUAAUUUUUGAUUUCAUUGCAGUAAUUUGAAAUAAUUUUUCUGUGUUUCAGGCAUUUGAAAUAAUAUUAAAAUAAAUGCCUGGAAUAAGAGAAAAAGUGUUUAUAAGAGCUUCAAAUUAUUUACGGUCGCUUUUGCAGGCAUUUUUGAGCUUUAAGCAUUUGAAAUAUGUAUUGUUUAAAAUGCCUAGAAUAAAACUGGACACAUGAUUUUAAGAGCUUUAUUUAUAGUCGUUUAAAAAAAAAUAUUCCAAGCAUUUGAAAUAAUUUUUGAUUUCAUUGCAGUAAUUUGAAAUAAUUUUUCUGCGUUGCAGGCACUUGAAAUAAUCUUUGAUUACAGUGGAAAAAUAUUUUAAAUUCUUUCCAGACAUUUAAAAUAUUUUUCCAAUGCUUUCAGGCAUUUGACAUUUUAUUCCAGGCAUUUUCAGAUUUUUUUUCCUGUGUCCCUUAAGCAUUUGAAUUAAUGCCUGGAAUAAAACCGAAAAUAUGAUUCUAAAAUACCGCCAUCGUUUGGAGUCGUUUUUCCAGGUAUUUCUGCAUUUUAUUUCAAGCAUUUUCUUGUGCUUUAGACAUGUUUAAAAUGCCUGGAAUAAAACUGUAAAAGUGAUUCUAAAAUCCUGGAGUUUUUUAAAUUUAUUGCUUGGAAUCGAUAAAAAUUGACUCUGGAACAAACUGAAAAUUAAGUACAGAGAAAGCUUAUAGAUGUACUGAAAACUGGAAAAUUUUAUCCAAUAUACUUUCAAUAAAAAAACCAAGAAUCCUACUAUUUAUUUUACCUUCUCUCUCACCCUCAAUAUGAUUUAUGAGACACCCUGUAGAGCACUGAGCCCAAAACAUACUUUCAAGUUGCUCUCCCCCCCCCCCCCCCCCCCCCGCAACUAUUCACCCAUAAUAGAAAACAUAUUUAUUCCAUAGUUUGUUGAAUCCAAGCAGAAUGACUGACUAAGACAUUCAUGAAAGAAUUUGUUUGUAGUUAAGACCAGUCAGUAGUAGGUCAAAGUUAUUUGGGAACAAAUGGAGCGAAUGUUUGUUUAUAUAUAUUAAUGGAAUCCCUGGAAAGUCUGUUUUAAAGAUACAUCACACACCGGUGCCGAAAAACUCUAAAAAUAUACGGUCAAGUCGAUAAAAUAGUGAAUGAAAACACGCUAAAAUUAGGUUUUUUGGCACCGGUUGCUUGUUUUUAUUUUUCCUGGAUGACUAUUGAUUUUUACUGUUUUUCUUCUUUUUUUUUUCUAUCCACACCAGAAGCCUAGAUUAUGUGGAUAGAAAAAAGACGGACAGAAAGAAAUACAUGAGAGAACUUAUCGAAAAGCCUUGUAGAUUGUACAAGGUUAUUUGUUAUAUUUGUCCACCCCAAUUCAGUUAAUUGGUUCACUGUGUCCUAUACAGGGUGUGGAAACAAGUAUGGAAAAAACGGUUUCUUUUUAAAUCGGCCUGAAAUAUAAUAUUUAAUUAAAAAACAAAUGGUUUUCGUUUUUAAUGAGACACUUUGUAUUAAAAUUUAAAAAAAAAACACCCUGUAGACUGCUGAUGUUGUACAGGUUAAUUAUGUUUGCCUCAGUUCACUCAAUUGGUCCACUGUGUAGGAAAAAAAUUAAAAAAGUGGUUGUUGUAAAGUACAUUUUUAGUAUACAGUGUGUGACAAAAAAAAAUAUUUUUUUUUUUAAUGUGAGUCGCUCUGUAUUAAAACACGGCCAGGUAUGCCUGGAAUAUUUUUCAAAAUUUAAAUUUAAGAAAAAAAAACAACACAAUAUUGAAAAUAUUUUUGUUUUUAUGUUUUGUUAAAAUUAUGAAUCAAGUAUCCUACAGGGUGAUCUAAAACACAUAAUUUUCCAAAAAAAGAAAUUUUGGUUUUACUUUUAAUUUUUUGAUCAUUCUUAAAUAAAUAGAGGCGGCCACAUUGAUUUUAAAGAAGCUAAUAGAAAAAAUACCCUCUAAAUUACAGGGUCAUUUGCUACCUUUGUCCGUCCCAAUUGGUCCACUGUGUAAAAAACAAUGGUAAAAUUUUUAAAAAAAUGCCAUUUUUAAUAUUCAUAUGCACAGGGUUGUACAAAAAGUAAGGAAAAAUUUGAUUUUUUUUUAGGUAUGCCUGGAGUAUAAUAUUUAAUUAAACAAAUAUAUAAUUUCCUUUUUCAAGGGACACCCUGUACAUUAUUGGUGUUGUACAGAUAAUUUGUUAGUUUUGGCCACCCCAGGUCACUGAAUUGGUCCACUGUGUAACCAGUAAAUGGCAAAUAUAGCAAGCGAUUAUUAUAAUGUACAGUUUUUUUUUGUAUACAGGGUUGGGCAAAAAGUAUGAAAAGUUUGUUUUUUUUUAAUGGGUCACCUUGUAUUGUCCAGGUAUCUUUGGAAAAGUCGAUUUCCAUUUUUGUAUAAUGGAACACCCUGUAUUAAAAGAUCACAUACCUAUGAAUAUAAUUUUUCAUAUAAAUCCAAUUUUUACUUUCUAAAAUGCCCUGUACAAAAAUUUUCGAAAAAAAUUUAAAUAAAUAAUUUUUUGUCAAAAUCACCCUGUAGAUUGAUUAUAUUUGUUUACUCUAGUUCUUUUAAUUUGUCCACUGUGUAAGAACAAAAUGGCGAAAUUAAAUAAAAGCAAGUGAUUGUUGUAAAGUACAUUUUUCGGUAUACAGGGUGUGACAAAAAAGAUAAAAAAUUUUUUUGUUUUUAAUGUGAGUCACCCUGUUUUAGGUAUGCCUGGAAUAUAAUUUUUUUAUUUAAAUGAAAAAUGAGCUAAAUAUUGAAAAAUUAUGAGACCACCCUUUAUAAAUUACGGGUAUUGAACCCCAAUUCAAUUUUGUGGCUCACUGUAUAGAAGGUGACACAGUGAAAUUAGGUUUUGUAAAAUACAAUUACAUAUACAGGGUGAGGCAACUGUAAAAAGCAAGAAAGAUGUUGCUAAUGGGACAUCCUAUAUGGGAAUAUGCCUAGAAGGUUGGGGUUUACAGUUUCGAAAAAAAACUAUUUUAAUCUUUUAAACUUUUUGUAACACCCUGUAUACAGACUUAAAAGAAUGAUUGACAGGUCGAUUUUUCUAAUGACUUAUUUGCAAUUUGUUUUUACUUUUUAAAACAACCUGUAUAGAGCGUGUGCACUUAAAAAAACAUAUAUUUUUAUUUUUAAAUAUACCCUGUAAAUUAUAGGGUCAUUUACUAUCUUUGCCCAACCCAAUUGGCUCUGUUGGUCCACUGUGUAAAAAACAAUGAUAAAAUUUCAUCAUGUAUGUACAGGGUUGAACAAAAAAAAAUUGAGUACUUAAAUUAUAAAUUGACGCAAAAAUUAUGGAUCGUGUAUACAGGGUGACCUAAAAAAACAUAAAUUUCCAAAAAAAACAACAAUUGGUUUAACAAAAAUUUUGGUUUUAUUUUUAAUUUUUCAACGUUAUAAAGUAUUCAGGGCGACCAAUAUACUUAGUUAAAAUAUACAACAAAAUUAAUAAAAAAAGAACUAUUUUGAUUUGACACACCCGGUAGUUACUAUACAGAGAUGUUCAAAUAUGAUUAUUAAUACAAUUCAUUAGUCUACUGUGCGAGAAAAAACUAUAAAAUGCAACAAUUUUUCUCUUAACUUUUUUUUAUACAGGGUGUGGCCGAAAAUAUCAAAGAAUUGUUUGAUGAAAGAUCCGGUAUUAAGAUACGACCUCGAAUAUAAUUUUUAAUUUAAAUAUAGAGUGUCUUAUUUUUAUUUUUUUUACUUUUUCUGUAUACCCUGUAUACAAGCACCAAAAAAAAAAUUGAAUUCUGAUUUUUAGUAUACAGGGUGACCAGUACAUUAAUUUGAAAAAAAAACUGAAACAUACAGUGGCUUUAUUGGUCCACUGUGUAAAAAAAAAUGGUAAAUUUAACAAACUCCUAUAUACAGGAUGUAGCAGAAAAAAUAAAAAUAAAGAUUGGUUGAAUGGAAAUCCCAUUAAAGAGAUAUACAUAGUGUCCUAACCAAGUGUCUCACAUUUUUAAAUUAUGAAAUUUUUUAACUUGGAAGGGAUAUAAUUAUUUUAUUUUAACGGAGAGACCCGGUAUAGGAUCACUUGACAAUGGCAUUCUAUGUCAUUUUUUGACACUUAACUUUGAAAUUAUUUAAUUUAAUUGUGCACUAAAACUCGUAUACAAACGAGCAAAAUUCCAGAAAAUGUGUGAUAUUUUGUACAUUUGGCAACGUCGGAUGCGUGGUCCCAUGCGAACUUUAAAACGCAAUUCGUAGUGCCGCGUUGCCAAAUUUAUAAGAAAAACGUCAAUUUUUAUUUGUUUUUUCACUCAUAACCUAAAAAUUAACCUUUUCGGGUAGAAUUUUUUAAAAAUCAUCUUGUAUAUAUAAAAAUAGUCCUGCUCGACCAGUAUCUCGUGAUGUAUCUUAUAGAUAAUAUACAGGGUGGCCCAAGCAAGAAAAAAGGUUUCGACCCUGUAUAUUUUUUUAUAAACCUUCCCGUAUUAAUUGCUCUGUAAAGUGUAUCUGUGGUAGCGAAGAAAAUUUGUCUGUGUUAAUGUCUGUGGUACAAUACUAAAAAUAAAAUUUAAAAAAAAAACCUUGUUUCCUCGGUUAAAUGUGGUGUGUCGGCAACACUGUAUCCAUAUAUUUUUUUAAAGAAAUUCGGCAACUUUAUUAUUAUCGAUGUGUGACAAUCCUUAAAAAACAAGUAAAAGUCUUUUAUGCCCCAAAUUAUUGGCAAUCACGCUUGUGACACACCACGUGUGACCCUCACGUGUGAUAGGUACAGAAGUGCGUAGUGGAAUGUGUAAUUUUUAUAUAUUGAAUGACGUAGGGAGUAUACGGGGGUGUUCGGGAAAAAUGCGUUUUUUUGAACACCCUGUAUAAGUGCCUGUGAAGUGCGUUCUUAGUUGUACAGUAAGUACCAAAAAAUUUUGGUUUUUGGAAAAGUAGUGAAAGAAGUGAAGGUUUUUUGAGUCGUUGAAUUUUUUUUUUUUUAAAUAAAAUUGGCAACGUCGAUGUUUUGUCCAAUAUUAAGUAUAACACAAGUCAAGGUGGCAUGUUGCCACGUUUAACAAAAAUCAUCAAUUUUAAAGGCCUUUUAAGGCCUUCUUGUGUGUUCCUGGGAUAUUAAUUAUUUUCCAUUUUUAACCAAAAUUGAAUACAUUUUGGUAUUUUUUAUUCAGGCAAAAAAAAGGAUCUUAAAUCCAAAAGUUAACCUCAAAUUUUUUUUCGAAAAUAGAUUAUGCCUAUUAGUCAGAUUUGGUGUGCAACGUUUCGAUUUUUUUUCUUGUAAAUUUGGCAACGUUGAAAAGAUUAUCAGUCGUCCAAUAUUAAUUGACAAUUAGUACCACGUUGCCUUACUUCUAAAAUUAUGAUUUUUUUUUAAACUUCUUCGAUGCUACAAAUGACGUUGCUCUGUUGCCAAAUUUUUUUUAAAAGUCAUACAUUUUUGGAUUUUACAUUAAUAACCAACAAUAAAAAACUGAAACAUUGAUGAUCAAAUUCAAGUAUCCAUAGGUUCACGUUUCGCGCUUAAAAGCAUCAUCAGACGACCUCAACCCUCAAAUUUCAAAAGUUUUUCAACCUAAAUCACGAAAUUGACGAUGAUCUUGAGCAUCGAAACGUGAAAUGCCUGGACGAAAAUUUUUAUUUUAUUUGAAAAUUUCCCAAAAAUCAGUUUGGUACAUAGUGUAUAAGUCUGUUAUAUACCGGGUGGCCCAGAAUUGUGUUGUGAGUCGACAAACAAAUUCUAGGGCCUUUUUAAAGGGAUUUUUGACCAAUUAAGUGGUCAUCCAUUUUUGAAGAAGCAUUGAGCAUAGUAUACAGGAUAAUGGAAAAAAAAUUAAUUGGCUCAAAAAUGUACCUGGUUUUGAAAAAUUGCAGAAGUUUUUGUUUAAAGCUUGGUUCGACCUCCCUCUCACUCUGACACACAUACGUCAUCACUUAAUAAACGCUAUUCCCCGAUUGAUCUCUACAUUAUAUAUAUAUCAUCUUCCCCACUGUAUAAUUUCGCCUUAUAUACUUUCGCAAUAAAAAUUACAAAAAAAUAAACAAACCAUUAUUAUAAAAAUUACACUUAAGGAUAAUGUCACUGUAAUCGCAUAUAAUAUUUUUGUAUUUAACGUGUAUAACGAGCUCUGUAGUGAUGAAUUUUAAAAUUUCGACGCUGCAUUUAGUCGGAAAUUGUGUUUUUUGUUUUGAGAAUUUAUUUGGGAAAUAUCCCACUUUUUAAGUGGAAUUUCGAGAGAUGAUAAAAAGCACGUUUUUUUCGUUGGUUUUUUAUACUUGGCAGUUCAGAGUCACAACAAGUAAAUUGUUUUAAUUAAUUAAUUGUAGAUUGUAAUGAGUUGUUUCUAUUUUAUUAUUUGAUUAUCGUGUAAAAGGUGUCUCAAAUUGGGCAUAGUAUUUUAUUUAAAAAUUGUGGAAUUAAUUCUCUAAUAAAAAUCCUUUACAGGUAAAUAAAUAAAUGAAGGUAAAUUGGUGAAUUAUUGAUCUUUAUGGAUUCACACUAUAAUAGAUCACUUUUUGUACCACAACCCUUGUUUUCUUCAGUAUUUGACCAAUUUACCCACAAAUCUUUGGUCAAGAAUUCACCAGAAUAAUUUGACUUAACAGGGCAUUUAUUUAAAAAAAUUAAAAACCUUAUUUUUAAGUUAAAGGGUUGCAAUUUAUUUUCCGGCGCAUUCACCAAUUUCGCCUACUGCUUGAUGUACGUUCGAUAACGUGGCAGAAGUAUUUGGUGGAUGCGCCGGAUUUAAAUGCAACUUUGAUGUAUUCCAAACGUUUAUUAGUUUUUUGAAAAAAUGAACGUUUUGAGUUUUUCGGAGGCCAUCAUCAUUUUUUUUGUACCUGGAAAAUUGAUGUUACUAGAAAGAAUUUUAAAAAAUGGUAAAUCUGCUAGACCAAUGACACACAGGUGCAUGCACCGGGUUUGACAGCAUAUUUGAUUAUGAUUGUUUUGAUAUAUUACGGUUUUGAAGAUUGUUUAGAUUAGUUUAUUUUAAAAAGCGACGUUUUGAAUUUUUCGAGGACCAUCAUCGAUUUUUUUAUCAUGAAGAAAAUUUGCCAUUUUAAUAUCCAUUUUUCUUGGUUUUUAAGGUACGCGAGAAAAGCUCAAAAAAUAAAAAAAAAUUGAAGGAAAAUGGUGGAUGCGCUGGACCAAUGACACACAAGUAAAUCAUGGAUACAUAUUUGAUAUAUUGCAGUUUUUAAGAUUCAUUAACUUCUUUAAAAAUUGAACUUUAAAAGCGACGUUUUGAGCUAUUCGGAGACCAUCAUCAAUUUUUGUUCAUGUAAAAUUCUUGAAAAAUUUAGGUUAAUAGUAAAAACUCAAAAAUAAUUUUUUUUUAAAGAAAUGGUGCCAGGUUAAUACAGUUUUACAAUAAAUCAGUCCCUGUUAAUCUUCUUUAUGGUAUAUUUUUAUAUUGAGGAUUUUAAACAAAAAAAAAGCAAAUAUACAUUGCUCUUAAAGGUUGAUAAAUAAAACUUGAAAAUAAGAUGAGCUUCAAAUAGCGUUCUCAAAAUUCCAUUCUCCUGUGUGUGAGGCUUUAGAGAAGUCGAUGUAAAAGGCAUGGACCUGAAUACCUUCCUUUAGAGAACUGGACAGAAAAUCAGCAAACGUUAGAAGAUUUAAUUCGUCCAGCAACAAAGCGAAUCUGUUGAUUGAUAAGUUGUGACUGAAGAGAGAGAUACAUCGAUAUAUCGCAGAAUAAAACUGUCAAACAUUAGGAAUGGUACUUAAUAUGCUGAUAGGUCUGCAAUUAAUCACUGAAAUUAAUCACAUUAAAAAGGAAAUUUUUUUCAAUUAUUAAAUGAAAGAAAAUGGUGGAUGCGCUGGUCCAAUGACACACAAGUAAUUGGUGGAUGCGCCGGGUUUGAAUUCAUAUUUGAUAUAUUGCAGUUUCUCAGAUUCAUCAACUUCUUUAAAAAUUGAACUUUAAAAGCGACGUUUUGACUUAUUCGGAGACCAUCAUCAAUUUUUGUUCAUGUAGAAUUCUUGAAAAAUUUAAGUUAAUAGUAUCAAAAAUAACUUUUAAAAAAAUGGUGGAUGCACUUGUCCAAUGACACACAAGUAAUUUGAAUUUAUUUAGUUUUCUUUUAUUUCGGUGAAUGCGCCGAGUUUGAAUGCAUAACUUGAAAUAUUGCAGUUUUAUUAGUUUUCCAAAAACUGGACUUUAAAAGCGACGUUUUUAGUUUUUUAGGGACCAUCAUCAAUUUUUUGUUAUUUAUAUGGAAUUCUUGGGAUCUCAAAAUCCUUCUUUUUUUAUUAGAUUUGAAACGUAUGUGAGAUGAUUAGGAAUAAAAAUUCAAUUAAAUAAAUGGCGAAUGCGCCAGGUUAAUAUAGUUUUACAAUAAAUCAGUCCCUGUUAAUCUUCUUUAUGGUAUGUUUUUAUAUUGAAGAUUUUGAACAAAAAAAAAGCAAAUAUACAUUGCUCUUAAAGGUUGAUGAAUAAAACUUGAAAAUAGGAUCAGCUUUAAAAAGCGUUCUCAAAAUUCCAUUCUCCUGGCGCAUUCACCACAUUUGUACGCUCAUUUCAUUCCUCAAAAAAAAAUCUUGUCAUUGUUAAACUGUAUUUACUUGGCGCUUUCACAAAUUUGUUACAUUUUCGGAAAAAAAAAAUUCCAAGUUGAAAAAAAUUGAAGGUGGCCUCGAAAAACCGAAACGUUCCUUUAAAAAAAAUAAAUUUUUCAAAAAUAAAACCGCAAAUAUUAUGGUUCCAGUUAUUCUCGUUAAAUUGUAAUGCCUUGCCCGGCGUAUCCACCAACUUCUUUCACUGAACACUAAUUUUUUAUUUCAUUCCAGGAAUUUGGAAUAUUUUUUUUUUGUUGUGUUUCAGCCAUUUGAAAUAAUGUUUAAAUCGACUCUUGGCAUAACAGAACACAUGAAUAUAGACGCCUGGAAUCGGCCCGGUGCCUUCACCAAUUUAUUUUGCCACGUAAUCAAUUAAUUUUCUACUAUAUUAUUUUCGAAUUUUUACUCCUAACCGUACUUUUUUUUAUCUUACACUUGCUGGUAGUUAAUCAAAAGGUAUUUAAAUCCCAAGAAUUCAAUAUAUAAAAAAAAACAAAUUGACUGAUGAUUUCAACAAAAGGCAACCCAAACGUGCAAAGGAAAAUCUCUAAAUAUAAUUUUUUUCAAUUAUCUUCUUAAAUGCAGCGCCUUGCCUGGAGCAUCCACCAACUUCUUGCAUCGACCAUCUUUCCAUAAUUUUUUUUUUGCUUUCAAAAUAUUUAUUUUGUUUCUAAAAACAGAUUAAAAAAAAAGAAUCUUAUAAGAUCAACAGAAAAUGCUUAUUGCGAAAAUUUCACUCGCCCGGCGCAUGCACCAAUUUUCUACAUCCACUAUUUUCGUGUAAUUUUUAUUGCUUGCCCAGUCUCCAGUGAGUUUGCUAAUUAUUAGAGAGAUAAAGAGAGUUGAUGAUGGUACCGUUAAAUAUAAACCCUUUAUUUUUAGGUUUUUCUUCAAUGACAUUUAGUAAAAAAAAAAAAAAAAAAGAAUUCUGAAAACCUGUAAAAAGUAACAUUUUUUUCAUUGUAAAUUUGGAAACGUUUCCCGGCGUAUCCACCAUUUUCUCCUACUUUUUUUAAUUUAAUAGUGCUGGUCGCCUGUAAGGGAUAUCAACAUACAUAUUUGAGACAUCUCUCGAUAACAUUAGUAUUUACCUUCCUUAGAAAGAAUCUGUUUUGUUUAUUUGUGAUAGUCUUUUGUGAUAUGUUUUAUUUUUUUCAUUAAAAAAAAAAAAGAAGGAAAUGCGUUAAAAUUUUUUAUAAAGGGUGCCAUAUUUAGUAACCCUAUAAGGCCUCCAAUAUGUGCCCAAAACCCACUAAUAAAGCAAUUAUUAUUAAGUUGUAUAAGGGGUUUAUGGACAUAUAAGUUAGUGUGGUAGAGGCAUUUCAUUUUUAUCCCCCUCCCCUCCCCAUUAAUAAUGCAAUUCCUUUUUUUUUAAAAUUUAAGUAGCGUCAAUUUAAUUAUUCUCGUAUUAAUUGUUUAACCAAUUUUGUAGGUUAAUAAUAAUAAUAAUAAUGAUAUAGACGUUACGUGUGUAAAUGUCACCACGGUUUCAUAAUCAUACUGCCAGUAGGUGUUAGUCGGUGUCAUAAUAUUCAUUAUAUUUAUGGUAAAGUUAAUACUUUUUUUGUAUUGUUUUUCCUCUUAGUUGAACGUUUUAGCCAAUAAGAUUUUUUUUUUUUAGUUUAAUCGAGUAAAACCUAUGGUUUUUUGUAAACUUACAUAAUAAACUUAAAUUAAUAAGUAA